AUGAUGGAUCGAAUACCGUCGCUAUCGAUACCGGGAUUAUCGUUGUCCCACUCGCUGUCCAUCCCCACCUCGCAGAGCCUCUCGAAUCAAUCAUCGCACGCACUGAACUCGCUCAGCCUGCACUCGCAGAAUCUGCACGCCUCAUCCGUCAGCGCGCUGCACAACUCCCAGACAACGAACCUGCACCAGAACGUCAGCGGCCUGCUGAACGGCGCGGCCAGCAAUGGCCUGCUCGGCCAGGCGAUGCUGAAGAAACCGGCCGAGGAGCACAUCAAGCGCCCGAUGAACGCGUUCAUGGUCUGGUCGCGGCUACAGCGGCGGAAGAUCGCCCAGGAUAACCCGAAAAUGCACAACUCGGAGAUCUCCAAGCGGCUCGGCGCAGAAUGGAAACUGUUAACAGAGGACGAAAAGCGACCCUUCAUCGACGAGGCCAAGCGAUUGCGAGCGAUGCACAUGAAGGAGCACCCGGACUACAAGUAUCGACCACGCCGGAAGCCCAAACCGAUCCGGCGCGACGGCUAUCCGUACCCGAUGACGUACCCAUCGGUGCCGGUCGAUGCGCUGCGUGCAGGAAUCACUCCCAGCUACUUCGCACCGGGCGCACCCUACCACUUAGGAAGUCAUUUAUCACAGGCCAGUCCACCCACGACUCAGUCAUCGAUCUCUUCCCAGAUGGACGUCUCGAAGUUUGCCCUCGACCGUAGCGCCUACCUUAACACGGGCGCACUGUACGAUACAGCAAAGUCCCAAACCAACCCGUACAGCGCCUAUCUCGACCCGACCUCCGUCCUGACCAAGGCGUACUUCGACUCCAAGAUGUAUCAAGACCGGGCGCAGGCGGCUGCCAACUACGCGUUCGACAUCUCUAAGAUUUACGGCUCCUCCGCCCAGCACCAGCAACAGCAACAGCAGCAGCAGCAACAACAACAGCAGCAGCAACACCACCAGCAACAACAGCAUCAGCAGCAACAGCAGCACCAGCAACAACAGCAGCAGCAGUCUCACGUGCAUCAUCAACUGCAUCAUCAACACCAACUGCAGAAUGGAGCCGGCAGUGGAAGUGGAAGCGCCAUCGAUGAGCGAGAGUCCACUCCUCAGCUGAGUGACGUCACGGCGGACAUAAAACCGCAGUUAGGUGAAUCCCUGGACGGAUCGCCACUGCACACACACAGCUACGGUGGUGGGCUGCUAAGCGCAGGGUCGGCUGCGGCCAGUGGUUUGUACCACUACUCAGCAGCGGCGGCAGCCGUCAGUCAGGCCGCCGGGAGUACCGGCUCGGGCAGUUCGGGAUCCGGUGCGGGAGGGAGUUCCACCAGCGACUACCGAAGGCCAUUGACUGUCAUCUUUUGA